CGCAGUGCGCCGGGACCGAGCGGAGCCGAAAAGAGCCGGAAAAAGCCGAAGCGGAGCCGAGCGGCGGCGAAGCGAGAGGCGGAAAGAGCCGAAGGUCGGCGAGCGGAAAAAGCCGAAGCGGACCCGCCGGAGGGUCCGGCCAUGCCUUGAAGCGGCUCCUCCGAGCCGUCCCGGGCUCUUCCUCCUCAUCCUCCUCCUCCUCAUCCUCCUCCUGCGGCAGGGGGAGGAGCCCAUGGGCCGGGCAGGGGGCUGAGGGGGAGCGGAGCCGCUGAACUGGGCCCCAAACUGGGCCCAACUGGGCUCAACUGGGCGCAACUAGGCCGGAGAAAUCAGAAGCGGGCCGGAAAGAGGCGAAGUUCUCCGGAAAGAGCCGAAAAAAGAGCGGGAGAAGCGAAGUGAGGACGGAGCUGCACGGAAAGAACCGAACCGGGCCGGAAAAAGCCGAACUGGGCCGGAAGUGAGCGAAGCUGGGCCGGAAGUGAACGAAGGGAGAGCGGGGAGGGUCGGAAAGAGCCGAAUGGAGAACGAAGAGGGUCGGAAAGAGCCGAAGGUUUCCGGAAAUUGCCGAAGUGCCGCCAUGUUGCUGCCGCUGCUCCUCGGGCUCCUUGAGGCUUCGGGGGCCCUGGGGGGCUGCGUGGAGGUGGCGUCGGGCACCGAGGCCGUGCUGGGGGCGCCGUUCCGGCUGCUCUGCAUCGCCUGCAAGCGCCGCAGCGAGACCCCGGCCGAGGCCGAGAGCGAGUGGUUCUUCCGGCCCGAGGGCGCCCCCCAGUUCGAGAAGAUCCUGCACUACAGCCCCGAGGAGGGCGAGUGGGUGGCCCCGGGGCCGUUCCUGGGGGUGAUCUCGUGGAACGGCUCGCGGGGCACGCGGGACCUGCAGGACCUGUCGGUGUGGCUGGCCGAGGUGAAGCGCGCCCACGCCGGGCACUACGUGUGCCGGCUGAAGCGCAACCUGACCUUCGAGGGCUACACCUACAGCCUGGCCAGGAACCAGACCCUGAAGCUGGCCGUGGUGGAGAAAGCGCGGCGGGACCUGGCAUCCAUCGUGUCCGAGAUCCUGAUGUACGUGCUCAUCGUGGUGCUGACGCUCUGGCUCGCCGCCGAGAUGCUCUACUGCUACCGCAAGGUGGCGGCCGCCUCCCCGCCCCCCGACAGCGCGUCGGAGUACUUGGCCAUCACCUCGGAGAGCAAAGAGAACUGCGGCGGCGUCCAGGCGGCCGAGUGACCCCGAGUGACCCCGAGUGACCUUUGACCCCCGAGUGACCCCCAGUGACCCCCAGUGACCUCUGACCCCCCCAGGCCCCCCCCUGCAAUAACCCCCCCGGGGGGGACCCCCCUGACCCCUCCCCCACCCCUGACCCCGCAUGGCCCCGACCCCACCCGGACCCCAAAAGUGGGGGGAAAAAAAAAACCCAAAAAUUUUGGGGAAAAAAACCCCAAAAAUUUGGGGGGAAAAUCUCAAAAAUUUUGGGGAAAAAAAUCCCAAAAAUCUGGGGGAAAAAUCCCAAAAUUUUAGGGAAAAAAAUCCCAAAAAUGUGUGGGGAAAAGUCACAAAAUUUGAGGGAAAAAAUCUGGGGGGAGGUCGGGAGGAAAGAUGAGGAUUUCAAAAAUUGGAGGGAAAAAAAUCCUUCAAAAUUCAGGAAAAAAAAAAUUCAAAAUUUGUUUAAAAUAAUCCCAAAAUUUCGGUCAAAUUUCUUCAAAGUUUGGGAGAAAAUCCCCCCAAAUUUCACCCCAAAAAUCCCAAAAUUUUGAGUAAAAUUUCCUAAAUUCAGGACAAAAAAAAUUUCCAAAUUUGGGACAAAAAAAAUCCCAAAUUUUUGGAAAAAUUCCCAAAAUUUUGGGGUCAAAUUCCCCAAAUUUGGGGUCGAUCCCCCCCGAGUGUGAGAGGAGUGCGCAUGUAAAUGAGCUGUAUGCAAAUGAGCCGUAUGCAAAUGAGAGAUAUUUAAAAGAGCAAUAUGUAAAUGAGACAAGAGGACGAGACCUCAACAGCACUUUAUGCAAAUGAGGGGGGUGUGGCAACACAAAUGAGGGUGAUAUGCAAAUGAGGGGUGUGUAAAUAGAUGUAAAUGAGGCAGUAUGCAAAUGAGGUGGAGGCGAGAACUGUAACCGCGGGUUAUUUAUUAUGUAAAUGAGCUGUACAUAAACAAAGCAUUAUGCAAAUGAGCACUGACACAGCCGCACAAAUGCACAUCUCACUUAAUUGCGAUAUGCAAAUGAACCUGCAAACGAGGCGGGGCAUGCAAAUGAGCACCGAGCACCGUAUGCAAAUGAGCACCGCCGCGCCGACACAUCGCUGUAUGCAAAUGAACGCCCGUAUGCAAAUGAGUGCCAUAAUUAACGGAUUAAUUGUGCCAAGCCCCGAUAUGUAAAUGAUCAUGCAAAUGAACAUGCAAAUGAGCUGGA